ACAUCGCAAGAUCGAUGCUUAUCUAAGAAUUUAGCAGAUCCCUUAUCCUACGCGCACUCUCUGUGCCCUUGUCAGUUCACUCUCAUGGCAGCUGAGUUACAGCCGCUGGAGGCUACAAUCCCCGCCGGCCCAACCGCCACCGCCACGUCGACACCGUCACCUCUUAUAACCCCAACGGCGACGGCCGCAAUAGCAACCACAAUAGCAGUAGCAGCAGCAGCAGCAACAGCAACGGCUCUACACUCGGCCGAAAACCCGGGCCCCCAAUUCCAACUGGGCCAGAAACGGCAGCGCCGGCCCAGCGUCCGGUUAGGCGAGAUCGGCGACCAGCCCGCCGCCACCGUCUCAAUCGACUCACACAUGCGAAGGGCCAAGUACCCCUGGAAGCUCCCGAAGGACUCUAGUAAAUCCGUCAAGGCCAGGUCGAUUACGAACCUCGUCAACGGCCACGAUUCGACUGAGAUAGAUGAUCGGAACCAGAACGGCGACGGGGGAUUCGAGUUCGGGAGCAGGAAGAUCAAAUCGAAGCGGGCGGCGACGACGAAGAGAGUCCGAUCGAAUUGGAUUUCGAAUUCGAAGAUUGACGAGGGAGGGGAUAGCCGGGAGGAGGGGGAGGGGUGGAUGAGCGCAGAUCCCGAUAGGGACAGUCCGGUGAGGGAUGAGAGUCCGGUGCAGUCGGCGGAGAACGAGGCGCACAAUUGGGAGGAGCAGAGGAGGGUUGGGGGGAACAAUUGGGGGAGGGGAUCGGAGAGCAGGGAAAACGACGCCGUUGAGGCGGAUAAUAUGCCGGAGUCGAAUUGGAGCGGAGUGAGGUCGUGGCUAAUAGAGCUGGGGCUGAGUCGGUAUACGCCGGUGUUCGAGAUACAUGAGGUGGAUGAUGAGGUGUUGCCGAUGCUGACAUUGGAGGAUCUUAAAGAUAUGGGGAUAAACGCCGUCGGAUCCAGGCGGAAAAUGUACAGUGCUAUCCAGAAGCUUCGCAAGGGGUUUUCGUGAGUCUAGCUUUCCUGCUCUCAUUUCUCUUUUUCUUCUUUUCUUGUUUGUUGUUUUAGAGAAAUAGUGUAACCUUAUCAUAAACCCUUCGGCCAUGGAAGAAAUGGUGGAGGAAGUGCUUGUCUGAGAGGGCCUUGGCCCUAUUUUCGCUCAUAAUAACAAUGAUAACCUUAGUUUG